AUGCGUAAUUUGCCUGGCCUGAUGCCCAGGUCUCUGGGGGCUGAUGCUCGACGCCCAGGUCUGAAUGAAGUCCCUGUCUCACGACGCGCACUAAGCGUGCCAUCUACCGGAACACCGGAGCGCGCCGGAACACGCCGGAACACGACCGGAGGACGCGAACCGGAACAUGCGACCGAGGGGCCCGGGAGAGCCGGAAGCCGGAACAUCCGCGAGACCUCUACCGGAACAUCAGGGCCGGAACAUCAGCGCAUUUGGUGUUUGACAGUGGCUCCAGACAACUCCACUCACGUUACCAACGCAAAACGCAAACGUCCAUGCGCAUACUACCAGGCAUACCGGCGGUCAGUCCCCUCGGCGUUCAAGGGCGAGAGCGAGGCACCAACUCAGCUAGCCUUGGAGCGAUCAUCAAAGACAGAUCAAGGAUUCGAGCCAGAUGGAGAGAGUGUUUCUCCAAACAAAGAUUCGGCUGAAGAGAUGCGUAUAGAUCCACUAAGAACGAAGAGGAACGUGAAGUUGAUGACUGCGUGUGCUGAAUCUGGUGAGAGGGAGGAUCUACCAGCUACCGCGAGUGAUGAUGAUGACGCACCACACGUUGCAUGUAGCGCGCUGGGUAAGCUACGCCUUCCGCGCAGCUUACUUGAAAAAUGGGUGGAAGAGCCAUUCUUUGAAAAGGCUGUUGUUGGCUGCUUUGUUCGCCUGGGUGUGGGUAAAAUACCGGCAUCUCCUAGCAAAGCACCAGGUGCACGUGGCGAACCUCAGUACAAGGUAUGUGAAAUAAUCAGUGUGGAUGAGUAUAAGCACGCCUAUCCUUUUGGAGAGUUUGAGACGCGGAAGGCAUUGAUGCUUCGCAUUGGUCGAAACCAACGCCUUUGGCGAAUGAGUGUUAUCUCCAACCACAGGUUUACGGACGCAGAGUUACAGGAGUGGCAAAGUAUCAUGCGCACUGAGCGUCAAAAAAUACCUUCAGUGAUAGAGAUAAAUAGACGUAAAGCUCAAAUGCGCAAGGCAGUCUUUGGAGUUAGAAGUGGACCUCAGCGCACAGAUUUAGAUCGAGAUGAGGUCCAAGAAAUGGCAAGUCUGAGCAAUGAUGUUCACUGGGUUGUUGCGUCAGAGAGCACGGCUGCAUACUCAGAGAUGGAUGUGGCAAAAAUUGUGGAUGCACGGCGGAAGCGAAACGAGGCGGCGCGAUUCCGUGAUAGGCAUGUAGGAACUGUCGCUCGACUGAAUCAUGGACAAACUCGCACGCGAUAUGAACAUGAGGUUUAUAGUGCACGCGAUGCUUAUGCUUCCCUUCUUGUUUCGCAUGGCAACAAACUUGAAAUCACACCUGAAUUAGAAGCCGCUAUACAGAAGGUUCUAGGCAAACAGCGUCUCGUUGAGUGUGCAGAAACGUGGCAGCGCGCUGACAACGAUGGUUUUGAGCGCGAUCUUGACGUUCUGGCAUCGAUGCUCCUUGAGUCAAGGCGAAACCAACUGCCUGGGACUGCUAAUGGAGAGACGGAAGACUGUCGCAUCGCGCGCAAAUUGUACCGAGAGACUCGUCAAAGGCUUGUCGACUUUCAGAAAAAUGCGCAAGAUAUGCGGAAGAAGCUUGACAUUGAUGCACCUUCUCGGACCUCAACGCUCCAUGCAAUUAACGAGGCCAAAAAACACGAAAACGCACUUGCUGACAUGGCAUACGGAGAAAAGAAAAUCCGAGACGAGCAUGAUCGUGAUGCAGAUGUUGACCACUCAAUAUUUCAACGCCGGGCGACAAAGCCAACAAUGUUGUGGACCACCAAGAAGAAACAUAGCAUUAGUUCGUCAACUAUCACCGACCAACCUGAGACUGAAGCGUCUGCCAUAGAGAAUACUACGUACAAACAGCUUACAGUUUCGGAGUCGGUCUCCAAUCCAAGUACCCAGAUAGAAAUCUCCACCGAGGAUGAAGGUUCACAGCGACUGAGUGACCAGUCACGCAUGCAGCGCCAACGCAAUGGGAUGUCUCUUCACGAGUACCUUUCCAAAGCACGCGCUACCACUAAGUAGCCUUU